GCGGGUUACAUACACUGAACGUCGACGUGGACAGUAACACAGAGCCGCCUUUUCCAUUAAUGCCCCUAGCAUGCUUCAAAGGCGUGUCGUCCUCACCUUCGCCGGGCGGAGAAGGAGAGAGAGUGAAAUCGGCGUUGCAUGAGAAUGCAGGCAAAUAAAGCGGCAUAGAACGUAUCGGCGCAGAAUAGCAAAUAUCGCCAGCAUAGCAAAUACAGAUGAGAGAGAGAGAGAUAAUGGGGAAGGACUCGUGGAUAACGUAGUGGAGAGAGAGAAGAGAGAUACAAAAGGCCAGCCGGGGUACAAUACAGUGUAAAUCUUUAUCUGGUCUUUUUGUUUGGGUUUUGGGUUUUGGGUUUUUGCUUCUUUUUUUUUUUUUUUUUUGGUUCUUUUUUUCUUUUUUUUUUCCCUUUCUGGUUGCUAUUGUUGUUGUUAAUGGCGGUGUUGCAGAGAGAGAGAGAUAGCAAAGAGCAUAAAUAUGUGAAACGUUACAAACAACAACCUUCUACCCCCCAUGCCACACAUACGCUCUCUCAGCUGGGUCUUCUCGUUCUCUUUUUCCUCACUGCUUAGCUUAACUUUUAGAGAGAGAAACGUACGGUCUUUCAAAGACAGAGAAACAGAGAGGGGGGUUACAAAGAGUUCAGCAUCUCACAUUGAACGCUAGCUCUUUGAUUGUUAAAGCUUAUUUGUCCUCUUUUUAUCUAUCUCUCUUUGUGGUUUAUUUUUUUUUUUGUUCGUUUUAUAUGUAUAUAUAUAUAUAUAUAUAUAUGAUGAGCUUCUUCCUUUCUGUUUUUUUUUUUUGCAUUUCUCUGAGAAAAAAAAAAUAUAUUUUGGAUUAUAUAGUCUAUUUUUAAAAAGAGAAGGAUAGAGAGGUGAUUGAGAUAUAUGGCUGGAAAGCAAGGAAUGGGAUUGACUACCAUGACCACCACCUGUAGUAGUGAGCGAAGGUGUACUGACGGCGGUGGCUUCCCUGAUACCAACAACAACAACAACAACAACAACAACCAAGGUGAGAAAGAUGAUUUGUAUACUGAGCUAUGGUACGCCUGUGCGGGGCCUCAUGUUUAUGUUCCACGCCCUGGUGAGAAGGUUUUCUACUUUCCUCAGGGUCACAUGGAACAGGUUGAAGCUUAUGCAAACCAAGAUGGUAGAACAGAGAUGCCAAUCUACAAUUUGCCUUCUAAGAUCCUAUGCAAGGUUGUUUAUGUUCAGCUUAAGGCUGAAGUUCACUCAGACGAGGUGUUUGCUCAGAUCACUUUGCUUCCACUGACAGAGCAAGAUGAACAAAGUUUGGAGGAUGAGACUGCAAGACAGUUGCCUCAGAGAACUGGUUUGCGAUCAUUUAGCAAGAAACUGACUCCAUCUGACACUAGCACACAUGGUGGAUUCUCUGUUCCCAAGCGAUAUGCUGAUGAGUACCUUCCACCACUGGUGUUGUUGCAGGACAUGUCACAGCAGCCACCACUACAGGAACUGGUUGCAGUUGACUUGCACGGGUUGGAGUGGCAUUUUCGCCAUAUAUUUCGUGGUCAGCCAAAGCGGCAUUUGCUCACUAGCGGUUGGAGUACAUUUGUCACAUCCAAGAAGCUUUUAGCCGGGGAUGCAUGUGUCUUUGUUAGAGGAGAAAAUGGAGAACUUCGAGUUGGGAUCCGUCGCUGUAUGGCAACACAGAACAAUACAUCAGCGACGGUCAUAUCCGGACAAAGCAUGCAACAUGGCAUACUUGCCAGUGCAUGCCAUGCCGUUACUACUGGAACCAUGUUUACUGUGUACUACCGUCCCUGGACAAGUCCUGCUGAGUAUAUUAUACCUUUUGACAAGUACAUGAAAUCAGCUCAAAAUGACUAUUUUGUUGGAAUGAGAUUCAGAAUUCGUUUUGAAGGGGAAGAAAGUGCAGAAAAGAGAUCUGCAGGUACUAUAGUAGGUAUUGAAGAUCGUGAUUGCAUGAGGUGGCCCAAUUCAGAAUGGAGGCGCCUCAAGGUGCAAUGGGAUGCUGCAACAGAUGCCGCUUUGCUUCCUGAAAGUCUUUCUCCUUGGAGCAUCAAGCCAAUGGAAUCCACUAACACCAACAACAAUUUUGUCAUUCCACAACCAAAGAGGGCGCGUGCUCAUGAUCUAUCAUCAACUGAUUUUUCAAACUUGGCCGGAAGAGGCUUAUUGCCGAAUUCAGUCGAGUAUACACUUCAAAGGUGUAAAGAGGUCUUGCAAGGUCAAGAAAUUGGAAAUGUACAUGCUCAUGAGCCAGCUGGUGCACAAAAUCCAUCAUUACUACCAAACUUAAUCAAGGAUUGGAACCAUACACAAUUCCGAAUGAAAAAUCAACUCUACCUUCCAAUGCAAAAUCCAUUUUAUCAGUGUCCUCACCGUGCUAUAGCAUUUCCUGUUGACAAUAUGGUGACUUCAAGCCUCAUAAACCAUUGCCACCCUACAUUUACUACUUACAGUGCCUGUGACAAUGUUACGAACAGCAGAAGCUUUUCUGUUUCAAAUGUCAACUCUAGCAAUUCUGGGUCCCAAGAAUGUACUGUUUUUGAGCCAAAGAGUAAGGAUGAAACUCCAAUUGCCCAACCUAAUGGCUGUGGCAGAUGCAUGCUUUUUGGAGUCAAUUUAGUCAAUAGCAGUCACCCGGAGCUCCCUUCACCACAAGUUGCCACUUCUAGUGAGCAUUUAAGUCCUUGUUCCAUUCCUCCAACAUCCCAAUCAAGUGUUUCUGAAACCAUCCAGGUUUCAGAGACAUCUAAGAGUAUCUCUCGUGUUCUUUCUAACAAACAAUGCAAGAAAUGUUGCUCCGUUAUUAACAGGAGUUGCACAAAGGUGCUCAAAUAUGGAACUGUUCUUGGGAGAUCAGUAGAUCUCUCUCGCUUUGAUGGGUAUGAUGACCUCAUUUCUGAGCUUGAUCUCAUGUUCGAUUUCAACGGAAGCUUGAAGUCUGGAAGCAAUGGAUGGCAAGUAAGCUACAUCGAUAACGAAAGAGACAUGAUGCUUCUAGGAGAUUGCCAAUGGGAGAAAUUCUGCUCUGCGGUCCAAAGGAUGUUUAUCUGUCCUAAGGAAGAAAUCGACAAAUCGAAGCCAAGCUCAUCAUUGCCACCAUCUCUCUAGUGGAGAAAUGCUGGUGGCUCAUCCAUUUCUUACGAGUCAUUCGUGAACUUGUACUGUGUACUUUUAUAUAUGUGAACUUUUUUUUUUUUUUUUUUGGGGGUAAUAUUUUAUAUAUGUAAACUCGUGCAUGGUGUUACCAUGCACUUAUAUCUGUGAACUUGUGCUGUGUACCUCUAUGUAAUGUGGAUAUGGCCUAUACAUACAUUACACCAUCUAUGGUCCAGUCCUUAGUGAAAUUUCCA